AAGCCACCAGCAGGGGUAGGAGGGGCGGAGCUCGCGAGAGGAAGUCUGGUGGCACAAGGAAUUCUGGGACCGGAAGUGCGACGCAUGCUGCUUUGAGCAUCAUGGCUGUGUCUCGCUCUCCCCGGAGGCGACUAGCGGAGUUAACAGUUGACGAGUUCUUGGCUUCGGGCUUUGAGUCCGAAUCCGAGUCCGAGGUGGAGGACAUCAAGGAGGCUGCGACGAAGGAGAAAAAAGGGCCAAGGGCCUUCUCUAACUGGGAGCAGCGGGGCACGCGCACUUCACCCAGCCUGCAUAAGGGGCGUGCUUCUGAGCACAAAGACCAGCUCUCUCGGCUAAAGGACAGAGACCCUGAGUUCUACAAGUUCCUACAGGAGAAUGACCAGAGCCUACUGGACUUUAGUGACUCAGACAGCUCUGUGGAGGAAGAAGAGCAAUUCCACUCCCUGCCAGACAUGUUGGAGGAAGCAAGUGAAACAGAGGAAGAUGGAGGAGAGGAUGAUGACACAUUGCCCAGAGUACUGCAGAGGAAGAAGAAUGAGCCUGUACCUGUGACCCUUGCCAUGGUGGAGAGAUGGAAGCAGGGCGCCAUGCACCACCUUACUCCCAAGCUGUUCCAUGAAGUCGUACAGGCAUUCCGAGCAGCUGUAGCCACCACCCAAGGAGACCAGGAAGCUGCUGAGACCUGCAGGUUCCAGGUUGCAGAUAGUGCUGUGUUCAAUGCUCUGGUUACUUUCUGCAUUCGAGACCUCUGUGGUUGCCUUCAGAAGCUACUGUAUGGAAAGACACCAAAGGAUAGCAACAGGAUGCUGCUGCCAUCUAGUAGCCCACUAUGGGGGAAGCUCCGUGUGGACGUCAAGACAUACCUGAGUGCAGUUGUCCAGCUGGUAGCCUGUCUUGCUGAAGCCACGGUGUCUGCAGCUGUCCUGCAGCAUAUCAGCAGCUUGGUUCCUUACUACCUGACUUUCCCUAAGCAGUGCCGAAUGUUGCUCAAGAGGAUGGUAGUUCUGUGGAGCACGGGUGAAGAAUCUCUGCGGGUCCUGGCCUUCCUGGUACUCAUCAGAGUCUGCCGGCACAAGAAGGAAUCCUUCCUUGGUCCCAUUCUGAAGCAAAUGUACAUCAUGUAUGUGAGAAACUGCAAGUUCACCUCUCCCAGUACCCUCCCCCUCAUAAGCUUCAUGCAACGGACACUGACUGAACUGCUUGCCUUGGACCCCAGCAUCUCCUAUCAGCAUGCCUUCCUCUACAUCCGACAGCUAGCAGUCCACCUGCGUAAUGCUAUGACCACAGGCAAGAAGGAAACAUACCAGUCUGUGUACAACUGGCAGUAUGUGCAUUGCCUCUACCUGUGGUGUCGAGUCCUGAGUACCCUUGGUUCCAGUGAGGUCCUGCAACCCCUACUCUACCCUCUCUCACAGAUCAUCAUUGGCUGUAUCAAGUUGUUGCCCACUGCCCGCUUUUAUCCGUUGCGUAUGCAUUGUGUACGUGCCCUGACACUGCUGUCCCAGACCAUCAGCACCUUCAUCCCUGUUCUGCCCUUCAUUCUCGAGAUUUUCCAGCAGGUGGACUUCAAUAGGCGGCCAGGCCGCAUGAGUUCCAAGCCCAUCAACUUCUCUGUGAUCUUGAAGCUGUCCAGCACCAACCUGCAGGAGAAGGCAUACCGGGAUGGCCUACUGGAACAGCUGUAUGAUCUUAUUCUGGAAUACCUGCACAGCCAGGCCCAUAGCAUCGCUUUCCCAGAGUUGGUGCUGCCUACUGUUCUACAGCUGAAAUCUUUUCUCCGGGAGUGCAAAGUGGCUAACUACUGCCGGCAGGUGCGCCAGCUGCUGGAGAAAGUGCAAGAGAAUGCAGAACAUAUCCGAAGUCUUCGACAGAGAGUGACCUUCAGCGUGUCUGACCAGCUGGCAGUGGAUGCUUGGGAGAAGCAGGUCCGUGAAGAAGGGACCCCUCUCACCAGAUACUACAGCCAUUGGAAGAAGCUGAGGGACCGUGAGAUCCAGCUGGAGAUCAGUGGCAAAGAGCGGCUAGAAGACCUGAACUUCCCAGAGAUCAAAAGGCGGAAAGUGGAAGACAGGAAGGAUGAAGACAGGAAAGAAUUAAAAGACCUGUUUGAGUUGGACAGUUCUGAGGGAGAGGACAGCACAGACUUUUUUGAGAGAGGAGUUCCUGGGCUCCCAGAAGCUCACCAAGAAGUAAAAGAAGAAGAUCAGGAGGAAGAAGAUAAGGAAGAAGGUGCCAACAAUUCAGAGGAUGGAGACACAGACACAGGGGUGGAUCUGAGUGAACUGUGGCAGCUGGCUCAGGGACCACAGGAUGAGCUGGAGGAUCUUCAGCUCUCAGAAGAGGACUGAGGGCCUCCUGCCACCUCCUGGAGGCCUUGAGGACAAGAACUGUGCAGCAAGAGGACAGUAGACAGUAAACAGGGUUUUAUUGUUACAGCACAACAGAACAAGUAUACUAAGAGCCAUUUUGACCCUGAAAGGGAACUGUUUCUGCAGAGCCUUCUGCUGCCCCAAGCAGGAGGCUAACCCUGACCUGCAGAGUUGUCCCAGUUCAGAGUGGGGAGGGUGGCUCCAUAGCCUCUCCACUUUGUCUGUCUUUGGUUUAUCUGCAGACCGCUGCAGAAAUCCAUUACUUUUCUUUUUAAGCCAUAUGUUUCCCUUUUAAAUAUACUCUUGGCAUUUUCG